ACAGCCAUUUUCAUCUUCGAAUUCAGCUGUGGGGUAUCGUGUAAGAAAUGGUCUGCUGUAAAGUUGUCGUUGCGCCAAGUGUUUCUUUAGUGUUCGAUGGUGAUUACUGCAUUGUCAGCGGUUGUGACUGUGGCAUGAUUAUCGCUGAGCGCGGCAUUCGCACGGAUCCUCGAGUUCAGGGGGAAACCGCCCGUGGUAAGCCUUACCUCUGUUCCAUCGGCAAGCCCGUGAAGUUCGAACCAUGGUCCAAGCGGCGGUCCACGUGUAGGAACCAUGUCGCCCUUCUCACAGGCGAAUGGUGAUUGCGCAGCAGCCACUGGAAACACUGGACAGAUUCCCGCAGAGCGAAAAUUUUGAGUGACGCAGCUGACUCAUCGCGUGCCGUCAUUCCGUGCUAUGAGCCAACCAUGUUCCGUGCUAUGAGCCAACCAUGCCAAAAACGAGACAUUAGCACGUGUGACCUGGUCGCUGCGAAGAAUGCCAUAAAGAAUGGCUUCUUGAAUCCUUUCACUGGCGGCUACAGCUGUCCUGUUGUGGCCUGCAGCAACUCUGCGGAAGAAUUGCUGACCGGACGCUCGGCAAAAACGCGCGAAGAUUGUAGUCGCAAGCGAUUUGCCACCGACCGUAGUGGAACCGCGCAAGGACUGACAAUGUGUAUCGAUAAUCGUCACGACCAACACCGGGUCGGUUCUAGCCUCGAAAGUGUUGCGAACAACACCGAGAUGCCGCCCAAACAGAACCACCACCGGCGUCGGCGGCGACGCGCGAGGCCUGUGCGCGCGGCGUCGACAGCCGACGGCUCCGGUGCGGCCGUGCCGCCAAGCGCUGCUGGCAUUUGCAUUGCGAGGUCCCCCACCAAGAAAGACAUCGUAUUUCGCGUCGGAACGACGUCGACACGUCCAAGCAAAGUGGACCGAAAGAAAAAGCAGGUCAACGAGGCGCCGAAGGUGUCGCCUUCGCCGCCGUACGUCAACUCCGCCAUCGCGUUCAUUUUGGGAGGCAACGAAGACCUCAGCGACACUGACAGCGAUUGGGACGAAGUGGACGACGGUGCCAGAGGAACGAGCGACUUUUCCGUUGACGUCUUGGUGAUGCCGCUGCUGAACAGUUUACUUUCGGUGUCGGUGCUCUCCGACGCGUGUUCCAGUUUGCAGUGCCGAAACGGGGAUCAAGUGGACGGUCGCCUGCCCGUGUCUCCGCUGGUGCAGGACGCCAACGAAAAGUGGAACCGAAUGUAUUAUGGGGAAGACGUCGACAGGCCGCCACGCGCAGCAAAGGUCAACUUUCCUAUGGGUGAAAGGCUCAUCGAGGUGCACAAUGCGGAUGACUUGGAACGCAAGGGGCCUUGGGAGCAAAUUGCUUUGGACCGCCGUCGCUUCCAGUCCCGGAUUGCCUCUAUGGAAACUGUGCUGGCACCUGUGCUCUCUCUCGAGCAUCGACAGAAGGUCUACCACGAGAUCUACACAUCAGCCACAAAGUGAAACUGCUGCUUGCAACCUGCAUAUUCUUUGCAAGGAUGCAAAAAUUUGCUCGAGCGCUGCAAACUCAGCAGAGACUGUCAGCAGCAUUGACUGAGAGGAACUCAGUCCAUGCAAGCCGACUGAACUUUUUCUGAUGAAUGCAGGGUUUUCUGUUGUUUAAUUGUGCAGCUGUGGGAGCAGCUUGCAUUUAUAAUGCCUAGUCCUCCAGCUUGAGCACUCACUAUCUUGAAUGGUAAUUUGCUCUUGUUUGUUCCAAGUGACCUACAAUCUCUGCUGUGCAUUGAGUUAAUUGCACAUGAUGUAUAACAUUGACAGGGGGAUGGUCCGUUUUAGCACCAUAACUCGGUUGUAGUUUUCAUUUUAUGGUUUCUGUGAUGUUGGAUCAGCUCGCUGCUCUGGUGGGGAGGCACAGUACUGCCAAGAUCUUCCGUAGGCCCAGCAUCUUCUGCUAAAUGUUCAUUUGGCACGGUUAGGGCAGCUGUGUAGGUAUUGCAAGGCAGGUGGUGAGGUAGCCUGCGGGGUCUGCAACAAUGCAAAUUUGACUGUUUUAAAGUAUGUAUGACUACUCUCGCAGUAAUGAACCACUGGACGAACAAAGAGCAAAUAAGCUAGACUUUGCUGCACAUUAAAAUUAAGGCUAUCCAAAUAUUUUCAGGAAUUGACAGUAUCUUCAGCUUAUCAGCGGAUAAUUUACCUUCGCAUUGCAUUCCAUAGCAUGCUCAAGUCUACGAUGCUAGAUAAAAUGUUUUUUUCACUAAACUUGAGAAAAUAUAUUCCCAGGAACGCGCACACGUCUAAAGAACAGAACUCCCUGUAAAAGAAAAGAAAUGCCAAUUUAUGUUGUAGCGAGGUUUCAUUCACAUUUGACAAUGCACCGAAAUGUGCUGUGAUGUGCUCCAUGCUUAUGCUGUUGUCCCUUGUGCUGUUUUUCUUAUGUUUAAGAGAUAUUAAAAAUUAAAUUUUGUUUUGA